AAUUUGCGUUGUGCCAAUACAGUUGUUUAUUAUUCAAUCAGAUGUGUUUUAUUUCUCGUUUCAAAAUUUUGGGACUCACUGUACAGCGGAUCAAGUUCCCUGCCCGUCUCCGUUCAAGCAUCGGAAUCGAUAAUGACAUGUGGAAACUCUGCCGGGCCAGUAGUCGUAGUCUGAGUCAAUGCAAAUGUCUGCGCAUUUACAAGCCGCAACGCGGCCUUUGCACCACCACAAGUCCGAAUGAAGGUGUCCCGGACUCCAAAGUCGUGGAGCUCUCUGUGGGAAGUGUAAGGGGUCGCUGGCAGUGUGGCCUCUAUGGCGACGCUUUCUACAGCUUUGAGGGAAUCCCCUUUGCCAAGCCGCCGCUGGGUGAGCUUCGGUUUGUGGCCUCCCAACCGGCGGAUAUGUGGGUCAACCAGGAGCUGGAAGCCCUUCAAGAGAAGCCUAUACCACUACAGGUGGAUCGUCAAACAGGCAAGGUCAUUGGCAGCGAGGAUUGCCUGUACUUGAAUGUGUACACAAAGCAUUUUGAUGAAUCGAAGCCACCCCUGCCCGUCAUGGUAUAUAUUUACGGAGGAGGUUUUCGCACAGGUGGUGCCUUAAGAUCCAAGUACGGUCCGGAUUACCUGAUGAGCAAGGAUAUUGUCUACGUGAUUUUUAACUAUCGUCUCUGCUCACUGGGUUUUCUCAGUUUACCGAGUCCGGAGUCGAAUGUUUCUGGCAACGCGGGUCUCCACGACCAAAUAAUGGCUCUCCAGUGGGUAAAUCAACACAUUCAGAAUUUUAACGGCGAUCCAAAGAAUAUAACGAUUUUUGGUGAAAGUGCCGGAGCUGCAUCGGUUCACUUUAUGAUGUGCCUACCGGAGGCAAAGUGUCUGUUUCACAAGGCCAUCAUGAUGUCCGGUUCGAUACUGAGUCCCUGGGUGUAUUCUCCGGAAAAGCAAAAUUUGUUCUCCCGUCUUGCCAUAGCAGCAGGAUAUCAGGGACCGGAAACUGAAGCCUCCAUGCUGGAGUUCCUGCGCAAUGUGGCGGCUGAGAAGUUGCUGGGACACGAGUUCUUUACACCUCGAGAUCGUUGCUUCGGCUUCCUAUACCCCUUUGUGCCGGGUUUGGCCAGCACUAAGGGGGGACUGAUUCAAGCAUCUUACCCGCAGCUAAUGAAAGAGGCCUGGUCUGGCGGUAUACCUCUGCUGCUGGGUGGCACAUCCUUUGAGGGUUUGGUGUUUUAUCCAUUCUGCAAGCUGGACAAUGGCUAUAUGCUGGACCUUUUGAAGCAUGAACCCGAGAUGGUGCUGCCCCACGAACUGUACUGCUCGAUGAGCAAUGAGGAGCGCCUUAAAGCCUCCGAUGAACUGGUAAAGUAUCAUUAUGGACCCCGUGGAAUAACCAAGAGCAAUGUUACGCAGAUUCUGGAUCUCUUUAGCUACAAGCUCUUUUGGCAUGGCAUGCAUCGUGUGGUCCUGUCACGAUUGUCCCAGGCUCAGGCGAAUACUUAUCUGUAUCGCUUUGAUUUCGACUCCCCCAAAUGGAACUUGAUGCGGAACAACCUGUGCGGUGAUGAUAUCAAGCGAGGAGUGUGCCAUGCCGAUGACCUGGGCUAUAUCUUUCGCAAAAAGGAUCAUAAGAAGCUACCACUAGACUCUGCCGAAUAUCUCACAAUUCAGCGGAUGGUCAGCAUAUUGACCACCUUUGCCAGCACGGGAGAUCCCAAUUGUCCAGAGACAGGACCCGAUCAAUGGACACCGGUCACCGUCAAGUAUCCUUUCAGGGUUCUAAACAUUGGACAGAACGUUGAGUUCUUGACGCAAAUCGAAAAGGAUGGUCUGGAGGUAUGGAAUCGUCUUUAUAACUCUCACAAGAUGGCCGCUAAAAUCGAUCGUGUCGUUUAUGGUGAACUGAACUAUUCCGAUAUGAACAAGAACCUCGGCUUUGUGGAGCGCCUGCGAUGGCGCCUCAAAACCAUCGAGCAUAAGGUCCAGCAGUAUCGCCAAACGACCAACGAGACCGUGGUGGCCGAGACCGAGUAUGGCAAAGUGCAGGGUAUCAAGCGAUUAUCCCUCUACGAUGUGCCCUACUUCAGUUUCGAAGGUAUUCCCUAUGCCCAGCCACCGAUCGGUGAGUUGAGGUUUAAGGCUCCGCAACGACCGAUACCCUGGGAAGGAGUUCGCGAUUGCAGCCAGUCCAAAGACAAGGCCGUCCAAGUGCAAUUCAUCUUUGACAAGGUCGAGGGUUCCGAGGAUUGCCUCUACUUAAAUGUUUACACCAAUAAUGUUAAACCUGACAAGCCCCGACCCGUCCUAGUCUGGAUUCAUGGCGGAGGCUUCAUCAUUGGUGAAGCCAGUCGGGAGUGGUAUGGACCCGAUUACUUCAUGAAGGAAGAUGUGGUUCUCGUUACCAUCCAAUACCGUCUUGGAGCCUUGGGUUUCAUGAGUCUGAAAUCGCCGGAGUUAAAUGUACCUGGCAACGCUGGACUUAAGGAUCAAGUGCUGGCCCUCAAGUGGAUCAAGAAUAAUUGUGCCAGUUUCGGUGGAGAUCCCAACUGCAUCACUGUCUUUGGAGAAAGUGCUGGCGCAGCCUCAACCCAUUACAUGAUGAUAACAGAGCAGACCCAAGGACUCUUUCAUCGGGGUAUCCUGCAGUCGGGCAGUGCAAUUGCUCCCUGGGCCUACAAUGGAGACAUCACCCACAAUGCCUACAGGAUAGCCAAGCUGGUUGGCUACAAGGGGGAGAAUAAUGACAAGGAUGUACUGGAAUUCCUACAAACUGUUAAGGCUAAGGACCUCAUUCGGGUCGAAGAGAAUGUCCUAACGAUUGAGGAUCGCAUGAACAAAAUCAUGUUUGCUUUCGGUCCUUCCCUGGAGCUCUUUCAUACGCCCGAUUGCGUGAUACCCAAGCCACCCAAGGAGAUGAUGAAGACCGCCUGGAGCAAUUCUAUACCCAUGAUGAUUGGAAAUACAUCGUACGAGGGUCUACUUUGGAUGCCAGAAAUCAAACUGAUGCCUCAGGUGGCCCAACAGGUGGAUGCUGGUACUCCCUUUAUACCCAAAGAAUUGAAAGCUACGGAACCCAGUAAGGAAAAGCAGGAGGCUUGGGGUGCCAGGCUACGUGAUGCUGUACGCACUGGAACCGAGGCCACCGCUGACAAUUACAUGGAUCUCUGUUCGAUUCACUAUUUUGUUUUCCCGGCUAUCCGGGUGAUUCGCUCUCGGCAUGCUUAUGCAGCCGGGGCUCCAGUUUACCUCUAUCGCUUCGAUUUUGACUCCGAGGAGCUCAUCUUUCCGUAUCGCCUCAUGCGAUUUGGACGUGGAGUCAAGGGAGUGAGCCAUGCCGAUGACUUGACCUACCAAUUCACCAGUUUGUUGGCCCGCCGAUUGCCCAAGGACAGCCGCGAGUACCGGAAUAUCGAGCGAACUAUCGGCAUCUGGACACAGUUUGCAACCACCGGAAAUCCCUAUAGCGAGAAGAUCAACGGCAUGGACACUCUGACCUUGGAUCCAGUUCGAAAAUCUGAUGAUGUCUUCAAGUGCCUGAACAUUAGCGAUGACCUGAAGUUCAUAGUCAUGCCCGAGUGGCCUAAGAUUAAGGCCUGGGAGAGCCUCUACGAUGACAACAAGGAUCUACUGUUUUAAGGAGCUAUUGAUUAACAAUAUAAAUAACUAGAAAUUGUAUAUAGAAAAGAAUGCUUUACUAAAUAUAUAUUGCAUAAUUUUGCUUAACUGAAA